CAUUAAAUACAAUAUAAAUACUUUAUUUCACUAAAUCGGUAACUAAACAUGGAUAAUUCAGCUAUUCAAACUUUGGAAGCAGCGGCGCAAAUUUUAAUGGCACCGCCUAAUUUAGUGACUUCUGAGCAGCGACAUCAGGCUGAGAGUGUUUUCCUCGAAUUCAGAAGCACUAAAAACCCAUAUCAACUAUGUAGAGAAAUUCUAGAGAAAUCUACUACAGAUUGUGUACUUUUUGAGGGUGCUGGUCUCAUAAAAACUGCUCUUAUAAGAGAAUGGAACAUGUUAACAGCAGAUGACAUAUCAUCACUUAGAGAAUAUCUUCUGAGUUAUCUUUUAAGAAGAGAAGUACCAACUUUUUUAAAAGAGAAGUUAUUACAGACUAUAGCAGUAAUAAUUAAAAGAGGUAGCAUAAAUGAUGGUGGCAGAGAACGAAGAGCGCUAUUGGACGAAUUAGAGAAAAUUAUUCUUGGUUCAACAAUAAGUCAACAGAAGUUGGCAUGCUCUCUUAUAUUGGCUAUAAUGCAAGAAUAUGCCAUAACUGUGAAAUCAGCUGAUGUUGGAUUAAUAUGGGAGGUACAUUUCAAAUUAAAGAAGUCUUUUGAGGGUCAAGAUCUUAAAAGAAUAUUUAGAUUUACUAUUGGAGUAUUAGAACAAAUUGUUAAAUCUGGUCACCAACUAGAGGGCGAGCAGGCAGCAUUGACAAAGCAGCUGUUAACAAUCGUUGAAAUUAUUUUAUGCUGGAAUCACGUAUCACCAUUUCUUUCCAAGAGAUUGAUUGGUGCUUUUGAAGCCAUAUAUGAAAGUGAUACUGCACCUGCAUUACGUCUAAGUCUUAACUGGAGAGAUACAAUCAUGCAACCAGAACUAAUAGCACUGUUCUUUGAAAUACAUAUGUAUGUAAGAAACAACCCUGAUUUACUUAAUUCAUCACUUACAUGUCUAGUUCAAUUGGCUAGUUUGAGUGGUGUUGUUGUAUCCGCUAGUAACCUAAAACAACAAUACUUAGAAAACUAUGUAAAUAGUUUUGUCAGGAUUUUAGGCUUUAUACAGCCUUCUGAAAGAGAAAUGCUGGGUAUAUCACAAAUAUACCGGCGAUUAGUUCAGUUCUUCACAGCACCUAUGAUAGCGUCUACACCUCCAGCCUUUCUACAAUAUUUGACACAAUAUACUUGCCAUUGUAUUAGAGGGUCAGUUAUAGAAGAAGGUAUAAAUGAUGACACAGUUUGGAGAGAGUCUUUGAAUAAAUUUCUACAUACUUGGAGUUCUUUAGUACAUGAUGCUGAUGGUUUCUCUAAUGAAACACUAAUGAAUCCCUGCAUAGAGAUCUUCAAUACAUAUCUGCAAUGUAGAUUAGCGCCACCCGAUGGAACAAGAGGUAAGGAAAGUAGGGAUGGCUGUAAUGAUGACAUAAGGGACGAUAUGGAAGAAGAUGAACGUCAAUUACACAGUAAUGUCUUGUUGACUAUCGGAGCUAUCGCGAGAAAAGCACCGGCUCACUGCUGCCAUGUACUACACACACUUCUGACUGAUAGAAGUAAAAGGCUUGAAAAUCAUUUACAACUUAUGCACAUGGGUAAAAUGCAAAAUAUGAAUGGAGGGGAUCAACUGGUUACUUUGUUUGAAGAUUUGCAUUGGAUUUUAAUGAUAACUGGUCAUUUCCUAGCAUUAGAUUGUACGGAGGGUGAAACAGUAACGAUACCCACUGAAUUGGUCGAGUAUAGUGUUGCACAAAACGCUAAUGUGGAUGCAUCUUUACGAUACUUGGUUGGGGAAACUAAUGUUACAGACAAUGUGGAUGAUAUUUUAAAGCUGGUGGGUGAAAUCUUGCGCAUCAGUUCGUACGAGUGCGCUGCCCUGGAGGCGGGGCUGGCGGCGGCCUACAGCCCCGAGCUCUCCGCAACGCUCUCCUGGCUGCUCAAGAUCUGGGCCAACGCCUACCUCACGCUGCAGCCGCCCAACUGCUCCGAGGUACUGGAAGCGGCGUUCGGUCGCGGCUCCCGCGGCGUGUCGUGGGUGGUGUCGCUGGUGGCGCGGCGCGCGGCCGCCACGCUGCGCCACCUGGCCGCGCAGCCGCCCGCCGCCGCGCACGCGCUGGCGCUGCUCGCCACGCUCGCCUACCCGCACCACCGCGAAAAUCCUCUGGCAAGUUGUGAAGAGUUCCUAGCUUUAAUUGUGUGGGAGGCAAACGGAAGCAACUUGUCCGGUGAUCUUAGAAGGGAAUUACAUAGAGUUUUCGCUAUUGCUGCUACAUUUGCAGAAGGUGAAGAAAGAAGUCGGCUCCUCAGUAGUACGAUAGCACUUCAAGAGAAACUAAUGAACAUAAUAAACACGGAGUUAGAUACGGAACCCGUUCGCAACAUGCUCGCGGACACACUUGAUUGUUACAUCGGCAUAGCUGAAGGCGUUCUCGAAGUAGGGACAGUAGAUGAGCAGUUUGUGUUGCUUAUGGGUGCUAUAGAUAAAAUACCUGGUAUUAUAUUCAGGUAUCAUAACUACCCCGGUGUGGUGUUACCAGCUUUAAAUUUACUUGCCAAGAGUGCUAAGAGAAUGUUGCAUUCGGUUCAACCACAGAAUGUUACUAAGUUUCUAGAAGUUUGCAAUGCUACAUUUGAAGUUUAUAUGAGAUGGAAUUCUGGCAAAAUAUCGAGUAUUCCACAAGACGCAGAAGAAGAAGCAUAUGAGGACAUCUGCGCGCUGAUGGAGGUGGUCAGCAGCGUGUCGCGGUGCGGCGGCGGCGGGUGCGGCGGCGCGGGCGCGAGCGGCGGGCUGUGCGCGCGCGGGCUGCGGGCGCUGCUGCCGCUGGUGACGCCGGCGCUGCUGGCGCUGCCGGCGCUCGCCCUGCGCGCCUACCGCAUGCUGCGCGACCUGGACCAGGCCGACCAGCUAACGAAUCUCCCCAUAGAAGACUUUAACAUGGUAAUAACGGCGUUACGAGUCGGCCUGACAGCCGUUUCCUGUGACGUAUCAACACUGUGCUGCGACACGAUAGUCGGUAUCGCUAAUACCGUCCGUACACUAGGCGACGACAGUCCUUAUGUCAUAUCUGUACUAUCUCUGGCUGAAUUACUACUAAUGCUCAUAAUUAAGAUGGAAAUACCGCCUGACUCCAUCCCAGCGGCCGGAGCCGCGAUAUACGCUCUAACUUGUGUUAAACCAGCGUUAUUGGAGGGUUUGGCGAGACAGUUGAUCGAAGCGUUCGCGGUCAAUGACCCAGCUAACGUCCCUAGAUUAGAGGAAUCGUUCAGAGUACUCACGAACGGUGUAAUCUUCGACGGCUUGAGAAACCAUAAAAUACGAUUUCAGGAUAAUUUUGACAAGUUCCUGGCGAGCGUACACGGUUUUCUCAUUGUAAAAUAAUCAUUAAUCUUAUAUUGUUAGGUUUUCGACAGAUAUUAACGUAUUACAUCAAUUGCAUCGAUUGUAUGUACGAUUUUAUCAGAUUACUAGUCAUAAUGGCGCGGUUUUAUUCUCAAUUGAGAGAGACUUCGAUCAAUUUUUGUCAAAUUGUAAAUUGAAUUUCUUAUUGGGUACAUGAAUGCUAGCAAGACGAGUGAUCGAUAUGUCCUUCCAAAGGGCUGUGUUAUAGUAUUAUAUAAUAUUAUAAAUAAAUGUUUUACGUCAAUGCAGAUUCAGUUAAAUUCCGGAAUGUUCUCGUGAUGUUUUCUGAUAUUUAUUUUAAUGUGGCCUAAUUAUAACAGGGUGUUUGUGACGUCGGUAUUUAUUUGUUUUCAUCUUAUUUAACACGGAAAGUAUGAAACAACGAAGUGUAUUGCGAAGAUUUUAUGAUAUUGUGGUUGUGAAUCUGAAUCGGACUUAUUUCUAGGAACUACAGGACGUGGUACACUUUUUUGUACUUAAAUAUAAGGAAAUUGUGAUUUCUCCAUAUAAUGCCUGCUUUGUAUUAAAAUUUUUAUACUAA